AUAAAAGAUAAACAAUAUACAAUUCCUCUAUUGACAGUCAAAAAAUGUGAUUGCCGGACACUUGAUCUAAUAGAAUUACAUAAAUAAAUGUCUUGGAUGUUGAUUUACACGAAGAUCAAGAUGAAUUAGACUUUUAUUGAAAAUAUAGUUUAAUGGAGACAGGUCUCAGAUAUCAGCCAUUUGAAAAGGCAGUAGAAGACACUGUAAGCCCUAGAUGACAAACCAUUAUUACAAUGAAAGAAACAAUUGUGACAGAAAAUGGAUUGUGCCAGAAUUGCACCUCGACUUUGAAAUUGAAAUUAGGCUUGAGUUCAACAGGGAACCGUUGCAGUAAAAUGAAAUAAAUAAAGAAAAAAGAAAGAAAAAGAAAGAAAGAGGUACUUGAAAACUUGCACUAAAAAAAAAGAAAAACCAAUAUUUGAAUGAAUACCCAACAUCACUCACCAUGUCCCAAAACCCAGCGAAAAAGGCGGGUCCAUCAGCAUUAAAUGAGAAAGUCUGUGACAAGCUGCGAGACCUCUUUGAGAAUGGCCACUCACCAGCAACAGCCUUUGAUGCCCUCAAGCACGACCUUCACCUACAGGAAGGGAAGAAUUACAUGAGAGCGAAGGCUGACAAGGACAAUUUCCCCGAUCUUCAUUACUGCUUCAGAUUGUAUGACGUGUUGUCUGUAGGGGAAGACAGGGGCCUAAGCAACCUGAAACUAAAGCGCAAUGUAGAGGCUCUGGUGGAAGAGUUUAACAAAGCUGAGGGAGAGGUUUGUGCCGCUGUGAAAAUGACUAAAAAGGAUAGCGUGGUGGUAGCCCUCUGCACCCCUUUGAUGAAGAGGGUUCAUAUCCAUCUUGAUAACUGUGGAGAGGUGUGUUUCCUUGACACCCCAAAUGCCUCUUUUUCCACAGACUGUCAACCUUAUUUCCUUAUUAGUCACAGUAUUGCUGGAGGGUUGCCAUUAGGUGUUGCUAUUAUAAAUAAAGUUAAUGAAGACACACUCUUUGAGGCAUUUGAACUUCUGAAAACUAUUUUGCCUGUAAAUGCUUUUGGUGGGCGGAAUCUUUUGGGACCCAAAAUUGUCUUGACAAGGAGGUCUCAGCUGGAGCAAAAUUCAUUAGCACGGGCCUUUCCCUUAGUAACAACCAUAGUGUGCUGCUUUCAUCUCAUCCAGUCUGUUUGGCACAGUAUUCUGUUAAAAAAUGUCAGAUCAGACGAACACAGAGCAAGAAUGAUGAAACUUCUGAAGAACAUGGUGCAUGCAAACUCACAGGCAGAGAUGUACCAGAGAAUGAUGGAUAUGGUAGAUGACUCAGUUGUAUCUCAGUACCCUUCUUUUAAGAUGUAUGUGAUUAAUGAGGUAUAUGGCUGUCGCGAAGACUGGUUCGACAGAUGGGAAAAGCAUGUGAACCUCCGAAGCACCUACUACAAGCACAUCCUUACUCACAGUCGGCAGGUGCUUGGUGAUAAGAUAAUGCACCGCUGUAGGACUUAUAAUAUACCUCGGUUGUUCCAUUUCUUCAUGACACGGCUUGACAGCUACUACAGACAUCGGCUUGAGGGCAUUAUCCAUAAAAAAGGACUUAUGCAGUCUUAUAAGUAUAUGCCCAUUGAAACUCUUUUGGAUCAUGAUCAGAGUGUAAAGCUAAAUGAAGAUUACUAUGUUGUCACCACCAAAGACAGCAUGACAGAGAAGUACAGCCUUGAUGUCUUUGCUUGCGUAUGCUCCUGUAAUGUAGGUCGCAAGGGGGGGCCUUGCCAGCAUCAGGCGUCUGUGAUCUGCAAGUACAAUUUAUUUUCCUUCAUCCCUCACUUGAAAUAUGAUGUGAACUUUCAAAAGUCCAUGAAGUACAUAGCAACAGGACAUGACCUUCUUCCAAAGUACAAGUUACCUUACCAUUUUGUCAUGGACAGUGCACAGUUGAUCAGCAUCCGUGAGGAACCAAUCUUUAUUGACGUAGAGGAGGAGUCUCUACUUGUGGCAUGUGCAGAUGAUGUUACUCCUGUGGAUGAAGAGUGUGAUAUGAUGGAAAUCAUAGAUGACCUAAAUGUCGACAGCAGUUGCGAAGAUCCCUUGCAGAUCAGUGGCAUGGAAGAAGAUCCAGAGUGCCUGAUUGUGGAGGACAUUCUGGCAAGGGAUGACUGCAUUUCACCGACACCACCGGCAGUUCGGGAUAAAGUAAUACUCCCUGACGACAGUAUAACGGAUGUUCUGGAACAAAUAGAAGGGAAUGAACAGCAGCCAGUCUCUGAAAGCCUGAUCUUAUGUCCUACAACAGAGAAUGACACAAGUGAACAUAGAGAAAUAAGUUGUGCAUCAUCCCCAGUGCGUGAUCAACCCAUAGAUGAAUUACCCAUUUCUUGUGAGAAUGUUGAAGUCCUGGAGCCAAUUGAUGACAUGAAUCUUUUCUUAGAUUUAGCAAACAGUAUGGAGGAAAUUCCAGAGAAGGAAAGGAAUACCGGCCCAGAACCCAUGAGUGAUGUUACUGAAUAUAGUGAAGACAUAGAUAUGGUAGCUAUAAAUAAUUUGGAUGAUUCAGUGCAUGUAUCUGAUAACACAUUUCAGUCUUCAGAACCACUGUUUGUUGAUGUUGAAAUGGAAGUCUCUAGGGACUAUCUCCAGUCACCCGAGCCAAACUGUAAUGAAGUCAGUGAUAGUGGCACUGAUGUACCUUCAGAGCAAGUGACUGGUAUGGCAGAAGUUACAGAUCCCUUAGGAACUUUGCCUUCACCUGAAGAACGGCUGUCCUUAGCAAUCAAGGCUGUCAAUGAGGAGAAGAGAAUGAAACGUAGCAAAAAUCCAGCCAGAGAUGUGCUCAAGAAGUUUAGAGCAGCUUGCCAGAAGAUCAUAGAGAAGGCAGAGGGGAAUAGAGUACUCUUACUUCCUGCCUUGUCCAUCUUUGCCAAGUUCACCGAGAAAAUUGCAACAGAUCUUCAGCUAGCUCUUGCACUCUACAAAUUUGCGGGAUUCAUUGAUGGUACAGAUGUUGGGCAGCAUCCAACCCAGCAGGAGAACCAUACUUUGGAGGCAGAGGAGAGACAGCGUCAGCUACUGAUGAGGUUGGAGAGAGAGAGUACAAUGCGUCCACGGAAGAAACGAGGGAAUUCAGAGGAGGAGCAGCCAGGCCAUCAGCCAAGUAUAUGGAUAGAGUUGCCACAAACACAACAGCAUCAGCAAGAAGGGCAAGAACAACAACAGCAUCAGCAAGAAGGGCAAGAACAACAACAGCAUCAGCAAGAAGGGCAACAACAACAGCAAGAACCACAACAAGAGCAUGAGUCAGUGGGAGAACAAGAAAUUACAAGGGAAAAAGAGGGUAAUGCUAGAGAAAAUGAUAAUGCUUUUUGUGUAAAUACUGAUCAGUCAGAGAUACACAGAGAGGAAAUAAGAAAUUCCUCUGAAACUAGUCAAUUAGUCUUAGGCAAACAACCGUUGCAAAGACCGCCUGGAGACAAUGUGGUAGUCCUGAGUCAUUGCGAUGAAGAAGCUAUGAGGAAUAGGGAUGCAAAAGGCCCUGAAACAGUGCAAGAAACAGUCGCGAAGAGUGGUGCAGACUUGGUGCAAGUUACUGGCUCAGGGAUGCUGGGAAUAGCAUACGUUGGCAAGGGAUGUAUUGUGUGCAUCUAUUUGCAUGCAUAUGUGUACAGAAAGAAAGCUGUGUUCAUUAAAGGUCUCAACACAUGUUUUGCUGUAAAUGGGGAUCAUUAUAAAUAUAGGCACAUCCUAGCUCUUGUUAGCAAGGGAGAACAAGACAUAAAACCAACUGAUUUUGAAAUCUUUGCCACAUAUAAGCAAUUGAAGUAA